AUGGGUUUCAAACGUGGUAUUCCUGCUCAUAGUGACGUCACAUAUGAUUUUGUCCCUCCUCAUAAGUGGGAAGAAGUUACACCCGGCCGGAGUGUCCCAACUGGUCUACACGUUAGACAGAAUUUAGACAUCGAGCACAUAAAGGCUAAACUUAUGGAUGUGAUGUCUAACACUUCCAACAUAAUUUCAGGUGAACCUGGGAAACCUGCCAUAAGUGUGUCGACAUAUUCAGGAGCGGAUAACUUGAGAGAGCCCAACACUCAAUCAGUCAAACGCUUUCGUUCAUAUGACGAAUUAAAAAAAGACUUCCAGAAAAUAAACGUGAAUGUCAAGACAGAUCCCGAAAUUAUAACUGAAAUAAUGACUGAAAUAAAACAGGAUAAUUCCUCAGACGAACGAUUAGCAAUACUUUUGGAGGAUCUAUCCUAUUACCUGCACCAGAUUGACAAUGCAAAGAUUUUCUCUAGAAAUGGUUUCGAAACACUCUCAAGGCUUUUGCACCAUCCCAGUUAUGAAGUUAAAAAAGCUUCUUUGAAAGCAAUUAGCGCUGCUACUCAGGGGAAUUCUGAUGUUCAAGUAGUCGCACUUCAAAAUGGUGUGGUUGACCAACUACAUUCUUUUUUGAAAGCAAGCAUGGAUGAGCAAGAUUCAUUGGAAUUCACUACAUUACUGUCAGGAGGAGUGUCAACGCUAAGUGCGUUGCUGCGUAACUUCCCAGUUGCUCAAAAACAGUUCUUUUCAACUUCAGUAAUGUCGCCAUCUGGUUUCGAGCUGCUUGCACAACUAAGCCGUCUAAAUGUUACAAAUGGCAUUCGAGGCUUGCGGGUUCGAAUCCUGACGCUUUUGACAGAUCUUUACAGUGAGCGGCUUGAUACCCAAAUAGCUUUUGGGGAAGACCCCACAAAAACAAAAAUGGAUGUAUGGAAUAUAUAUGCUAGUAUCCCUUUCGAAGAAAACUUUCUAAUGUAUGGAUUUUGCGAAACCCUACAUAUUUCUUUACUUCAAGAUGUUCAAAGGGGUAUGGGAUAUAACGAUUUAAGUGCACCAUUAAACCAUGAUAUACGUGGAAAAGUUAUAACAGCGUGCUUAAAGUUUUUCAACGUAUGUGAUUGGAAAUCACUCAAUUUCUCAAACAAACAAUAUAUUCUAAGCUUAUUGGACUCAAUCAUACACGAGUACAAGCUGCGCUCGAAAAGUGAGACUGAUGACAUUGAUUCUUAUUUUACUGAAAUGCUACUUAAAGCUCAAAAGUUCAGGAAUAUGUUGGAGCCUUAUGAAUCGCCGAAAACUGACCUGUGA